AAGCUGCUGAUAACUUGAUUCAGUCUGCAAAUCUUGAUACGAGCUCUUCGCACGAACAAUUUGAAUAACAUUUUCAUAGAUCCGAGGAUUCUAGCCAAUCAUAUGUAUUGUCACAGAAUGAGGACUAGUUAUUGUUGUCUGCUGGAUGUCAAAAAACAUGCUCACAAUCAUGGUCGUUGCCAACGAAUAAACAUGUUAGUUAUUGCAUUGAAAAUUAUGUGAUUUGCAUCCCACGAACAGUUCGCACAUCACUUGGAAAUCAAUCAGAUGGGACAUGCUGCUAUUUUGUCCUACUUGCGGAAAUAUACUACAUGUUGAAUCGGGCCUAUCAAAUUACCGAUUUGCGUGCAAUACCUGUCCAUACAUAUUUAAUAUAUCCCAGAGGAUAACCAGCCGGACGUAUCCAAAGCUCAAAGAAGUAGAUGACGUGCUUGGUGGUAGUGCUGCGUGGGAAAACGUUGACGCUACGGACGAACCCUGUCCAAAGUGUUCGAAUCCUCGGGCCUUCUUUAUGCAGAUCCAAACUAGAUCAGCAGAUGAGCCAAUGACAACAUUCUACAGAUGCUGCAAUCCACAGUGUAGUCACAAUUGGCGAGAAUAA